CCGGCCUGUGUUUGCGCCGGGUCCGCGCUGCCCGCGGUGCUCGGGGCGCUCCACGCUGCCGCCGCUCGGAGCAAUGAUUAACCCGGAGGGCCGGCCGGCGCCGGGCCCGGGGCGGAGGCGUGGGGCCGGGGCGGGACCCCGGAGGGCCGCUCGGCUUCCUGCUCUCUCCCAAGUUUCCUCGUAGAGAGCGCAGCGCCGGCCGGGGCCCGCGGCGCGGGGUGGCGCGUGGCGCAGGGCGCGGCGCCGGACGCGCGUGGGCGCGGAGCGGGCCGCCGGGGUCACGAUGAGGACUCUCCGCAGGUUGAAGUUCAUGAGUUCGCCCAGCCUCAGUGACCUGGGCAAGAGAGAGCCGGCCGCCGCCUCCGCGGACGAGCGGGGCACCCAGCAGCGCCGGGCCUGUGCCAACGCCACCUGGAACAGCAUCCACAGCGGGGUGAUCGCCGUCUUCCAGCGCAAGGGGCUGCCCGACCAGGAGCUGUUCACCCUCAACGAAGGCGUCAGGCAGCUGCUGAAGACAGAGCUGGGGUCCUUCUUCACGGAGUACCUGCAGAACCAGCUGCUGACAAAGGGCAUGGUGAUCCUGCGGGACAAGAUCCGCUUCUACGAGGGACAGAAGCUGCUGGACUCGCUGGCGGAGACGUGGGACUUCUUCUUCAGCGACGUGCUGCCCACCCUGCAGGCCAUCUUCUACCCAGUGCAGGGCAAGGAGCCGUCGGUGCGCCAGCUGGCCCUGCUGCACUUCCGCAACACCAUCACCCUCAGCGUGAAGCUGGAGGACGCGCUGGCCCGCUCCCACGCCCGCGUGCCCCCCGCCAUCGUGCAGAUGCUGCUGGUGCUACAGGGCGUGCACGAGUCCCGCGGCGUGACCAAGGACUACCUGCGCCUGGAGACGCUGGUCCAGAAGGUGGUGUCGCCCUACCUGGGCACCUACGGCCUCUACUCCGGCGAGGGCUCCUUCACACACUCCUGCAUCCUGGAAAAGCACCUGCUGCGCCGCUCCCGCUCCGGGGACGUCCUGGCCAAGAACCCGGUGGUGCGCUCCAAGAGCUACAACACGCCGCUGCUGAACCCCGUGGCCGAGCACGAGGCCGAGGGCACGGCGGCCGGGGGCGCGGGCAUCCGCCGACACUCCGUCUCCGAGAUGACGUCCUGCCCCGACGCGCCCGGCCAGGGCCCCGCGGGGGACUGCACACCCUCCCCGGGCGCCCAGUCGGGGCCCUGCCCCAGCAGACUGUACCCCCCGUCGCAGCCCCCGGAGCCCGGGCCCGCCUGCGGCUCCCCGCCCUCCUCCAGCCCCGAGCACCUGGUGGACCAGAUCCUGGAGUCCGUGGACUCGGACUCCGAAGGCAUCUUCAUUGACUUUGGCCGGCGCAGCGGGUCGGGCGCCUCGGAGUUCGAGGGGGCCCGGGGGCGGCAGAGCAUCGUGUGAAGGCCGCGUGUUUUUUACAGAGCCCCAGUGUGUGCCUGCCUGUGUGUGUGUGUGUGUGUGUGUGUGGUUUUUACUCUGUCCCCGCCGGUCCCCGGUCAGCCUCGGCCACUGCAGCAUCUCCCUCUUCGUUGGAAAAACCAUCGCUGCUCCCCUCCCCCGGCCCCAGUGCCACUCUGUUCUGGGGCGUCUGCACCCGGGGCUUCGCCUGCCUCCUGCAGGUCACCCGGUGCACGGGCCACCCUCACGUGCGUAGGACGGGCAUCACCACUCACUCCACCCAGCACGCCACGCCCACACCCGCGGAGACUGCGACUGGCCAUUGGCCAGGCCCCAGAAGGACCCUCAGACCCACCUGCCACCUCCCCACUCCCCACAGCACACCCUGUGGGUGACUGUCCCAGACCCUGGGCGCCGCCUGCCCGCACUUGCCAUGGGCAGGACGAGGGAGGAAUAAAACUUGUCAGCCCUGCUCGUG